AUGGUGUUGGCUGAAUUAGGAGGCAAGCUUCGUGAUUCGUUGCGAAAGCUUCAUACGCAUUCGGGACAUGUGACACAGAGCCAUCUGAAGGAUUUGUUGGGCGAUAUUUCUCGUGCCUUGAUUGAAUCUGAUGUGAAUGUCAAGUUGGUCAUGGAAUUGCGGAACAAUGUCAAUGACAAGGUCCAAACAUUGAUUGACGAAGACGAAGAAAAAGACAGCAGCAAAAACUCGGAUGCUGAUCGAAGGGCUUCCCAAGUCAGUAAGCACGUACAAAAGGUUGUUGUUGAGGAGUUGGUUCAACUCUUGCAACCUCAGCGCAAGCCAUAUGUGAUGAAGCGUGGAAAAGCCAACGUUGUUUUGUUUGUGGGUCUACAAGGAGCUGGAAAGACAACAACUAUUGCCAAGUUUGCAAAUUACUACCAAAGACGGGGAUGGAAGACCGCCAUGGUGUGUGCUGAUACCUUUCGUGCUGGAGCCUUUGAUCAGUUGAAGCAAAAUGCGACUAAAUUGAGAGUCCCAUUCUACGGUAGUUACACCCAAGCAGAUCCAGUAGCCAUUGCUGAAGAAGGUGUGGAUCAAUUUUGCAAGGAGGGAUACGAAGUAAUUAUUGUCGAUACUUCGGGACGUCACCGACAAGAGGCAGGUUUGCUAGAUGAGAUGGCGGAAAUUGCUGACGCUGUCGCUCCUGACAACACUGUUCUUGUCAUGGAUGCCACUCAAGGCCAGGCCGUCUUUGAUCAAGCUUCUGCUUUUUCCAAUGUCGUCGAUGUCGGAAGUGUCAUCAUCACCAAGCUUGAUGGCCACGCCAAAGGAGGAGGCGCCUUGUCAGCAGUGGCGGCUACUGAAUCUCCUAUUAUCUUUUUGGGAUCUGGAGAGCACUUUGAUGAUUUGGAUCCAUUCAACGCUCAAUCCUUUGUCAGUAAAUUGCUUGGUUUCGGAGAUGUUCGCGGGCUAAUGGAAGCAAUGAACGGACAAACCGAUAAGAAAACUCAAGAGGAAAUGAUGGAGAAAUUCUCGAAGGGAGAGUUUACACUUCGUGACAUGUACUCGCAGUUUCAACGAGUAAUGAACAUGGGACCGAUGAGCAAGGUCAUGGGAAUGAUGCCAGGAAUGCCCGAGUAUCUGAUCCCAAAGAAUGGAGAUGACCAAUCUACAAGCCGGUUGAAGAAAUUCAUGUACAUGAUGGACUCGAUGACAGAUGCUGAGCUAGACGGCAAAGUAGACUUUAUCACUGACAAGAAUGCCGAUCAUGUCAAGUCAAGAAUCCGCCGAAUUGCCGCUGGUUCCGGUACACACCCCAAGGAAGUCAUGAUGCUGCUUCAAGUGUACAAGCAGUUUGAAGGCAUGGUUUCCAAAAUGGGCAAGUCUGGUAUGAUCGGCAAGGACGCUCAGGCAAAGCAACAACAAAUGGCGGCUGCCAUGCAAAGAAACCCAAAGUUGAUCCAACAACGGCUGAAUCAAAUGGACCCUCGCAUGAUAAAGCAAAUGGGAGGACGAGAAGCCGUUCAGACCUACUUGCAAAACAUGGCAAAGGGUGGAGGUGCUCCCGGAGGUAUGCCUGGUAUGGGCGGUUUGCCCGGAAUGGGUGGCAUGCCUGGAAUGGGUGGUGGAAUGCCUGGAAUGGAAGCUCUCAUGGGCGCCAUGGGAGGUGGAAUGCCUGGUAUGGGCGGCGGCAUGCCAGGAAUGGGUGGAAUGGGUGGAAUGGGCGGUAUGCCCAAUAUGGGUGGUGGUGGUGGAGGCAUGCCCAAUAUGGGUGGAAUGGAUAUGGCCAAGAUGGCCAAGAUGAUGCAGGCCAUGCAGUCAAUGGGUGGUAUGGCUGGUAUGGGUGGCGCUGGAGGUAUGCCAGACAUGGGCGGCAUGCCAGACAUGGGAAGGUAA